AUGGCCAGGAAGACGAAAGCUCCCGUUGUCGUAAAGCCUGCAUCCAGCAGCAGCUCAUCAUCAUCGGACUCAAGCAGCGAUGAAGCGCCGCAAAAGAAGGUGGUAGCUACCAAGAAAAACAGCAAAACGGCUUUGAACAAGCCUGUGAACUCGGUGGUGGCUAAGAAACCGGCUGCUAAGAAGAAAGAGAGGUCUGACUCAUCGAGUGACGAAGAGGAGGCUCCUAAGAAGAAGGUUACACCGUCCAAGAUAGUUGUUGCGAAAAAGGUUGUUGCAAAGAAAGAGAGCUCGGACUCGAGCUCGGACUCUUCUUCAGAUGAGGAGGAAGCCCCCUACGAACAAGGCUAUCCCUGCUAA